AUGAAGAAACUCAAGCCCCUGGACUACGAGUCUAAGAAGGCAUACACCUUCAAGGUGGACGCCACCAACGCCCACCCGGACCCUCGUUUCCAGAGCUACGGGGCGUUCAAGGACACGGCCACGGUGAAGAUCAACGUGCUGGACGUGGACGAGCCGCCCGUCUUCAACAAGCCCGCCUACCUCAUGGACGUGUACGAGGACACGCCCGCCGGCACCAUCAUCGGCGCCGUCACCGCACAGGACCUGGACGCCGGCAACAGCCCCGUCAGGUACUCCAUAGACUGGAAGAGUGACCUGGACAGCUACUUCGACAUCGACCCCGUGGAGGGAACCAUCUCCACCAACGAGCUGCUGGACAGAGAGAACGUGGCCCAGCACAACAUCUCCAUUGUGGCCACCAAACUCAACAGUCCGGUCCUGACCAGUCGUGUGGCCGUCACCGUGCACGUGCUGGACAUCAACGAGUUCCCGCCUGAGCUGGCUGUCCCGUACGAGACGUUUGUGUGUGAAAACGCCAAAAUAGGACAGGUUAUCCAAAUGUUCAGCGCAAAAGAUCAAGACCUCCCCAACGCUGGCCAGACGUUCUCCUUCAAAUCCCCUAAAGAUGAUUUGAAGAGCAACAAGAACUUUACCAUCAGAGACUUUGGAAACAACACGGCGGGAAUCGUGACCAAGAGGAGCGGCUUCCGGCGGCGCGCCCAGGAGAUCUACUUCCUGCCCGUGGUGAUCGAGGACAACGGCUACCCGUCCAAGACCAGCACGGGCACGCUGACCAUCCGCGUGUGCGGGUGCGAGUCGGACGGGUCGUUGCUGACGUGCAGCGCGGAGGCCAUCUUCCUGCCGGUGGGCCUGAGCACGGGCGCCCUCAUCGCCAUCCUCCUGUGCAUCGUCAUCCUGCUAGUCAUCGUGGUCCUGUACGUGGGGUUGCGCCGGCAGAAGGAGAAGGAGACGCUCAUGUCAUCCAAGGAGGACAUCCGGGACAACGUGAUCCACUACGAUGACGAGGGCGGCGGCGAGGAGGACACGCACGCCUUCGACAUGGGGACGCUGCGCAACCCCAAGGUCGUCAAGGACAACCUGUUCCGCCGCCGCGACAUCAAGCCCCUGGAGCCCCGCGGCCGGGGCCCGGGGCCGCGUCCGGGGCCCGCCCCCGUGUCCCAGGACAGCGCCGACAUCCGCGACUUCAUCCACCGGCGGCUGGAGGACCACGACGUGGACAACGCGGCGCCGCCCUACGACUCGCUGGUCACCUACGCGUACGAGGGCGACGGCUCGGUGGCCGAGUCGCUGAGCUCCAUCGGCUCUCCGGCGGCCCCCGGGGGGCUGGAGGAGGACUACGACUACCUGGACGACUGGGGGCCCCGCUUUAAAACGCUGGCCGGCAUUUUCGGGGAGAAGUCGUCGGAGUCUCGGUCUCAGUCGGACACUGCCACGGCGGAGGACUCUCAUUGAUCGGCGACCGGCCGAUCAGAGACUGUGGACCGAUAGGAGAAUCGAAAGGUUUUCGUUUGUUUUGGUUCGUCAAGCAUUUCUUUUUGUUUUGCUCUCGGUUCCCGUCUCCUUAUUUCUAUUUAAGGGGUUAACCUUUUCUAUUUAAGUCGUCAUCUCGUUUUUUUUCUAUUAUAUGCUCAAUCCGGACAUUGUUGAACAAAACAAAAAAGGAACAUGAAAACAGCUACGCGUUCACCGAUUGAUUCAGCCAUUCGAUUACUUUGGAUGUCUGACGGUUGCGUAACGCUUCCAAUUUUCACCACCGGGGGAACAAAAAAAUAAAAACGAAAAGCGCAGGAAAUGCGACCAUUU